UAAGUGCAUCAGGAAAAAAAGGGAAAGAAGACAUCUAAACUGAUAGCAGCCCUGUCUUUUAUUGCUUUCCUCCUCCUCCUCUUUCACUCUCUCUCUUUAUUAAGACACAUCUUCAUGGCAACAUCGACAGGCAAAGAGUGUACUGAGGCAGCAGUCCAACAAAUAUUUGAUCCUUCUGCUAGCCAUUACAAGCUAAUAGGGACUGCAUUGAGUGUAAAGACGGAUGAUCUGAUGCCAAUACCAGGAACAGCAACUACCAAUCUUAAUUUGGUAUUCGAGAGGUGGUUUAAAGCUGAAAAGAAUCGCACUUGGGAUGAAUUAAUACAGCUUUGUGAUAACUAUUCUGAUAAACUGGGCAGAACAAAGGCUAAUCUUCUGGAAUAUAUAGGCAAGGCAGGCUUGGGAGAAAGCAAUGGGACAGCACAAGCAAAUGCUAAAAAGCAAAAGAUUGAUCCCAAAGAACCAGUUGAUAGUGCAGCAACUGGUGAAGACAAGAGUAAAAGUGAGGACCAAAAAUCAGAUCCACCUCCAGAUGUCAGUGAAUAUUGCCCAAAACUGGAGGAUAUUGAACGAAAAAUUAAGAAAAAAAAAUUCAGAGAUCUGACCGAAGAAGAUAAAGAGUUUAUAAAAAAAGUCCGCUACAUUUUGGUGACUGCCACAGAUAUAGAAUACCGUGCUGUGAUGGGUGCAAUUGAUUCUCCUGGAGGUGAUGGUAAUUACGUUAGAGUUAUCACAAAAGAUAAAGUGGCAAAUUUUAUCAUGGCAAAAUUUGGGCCGUAUAAUCUUGCAAUAACUAGGACAGGCCAGGGCCCAGAUGAGACUGAAGCAAUUCUUGUUUCAGUACAAAAUGACACAAAAGCUAAGUAUGUCAUUGCUAUUGGGAUAUGCUAUGGAGCAAAGGAGAGCAAAACAAAAGAUCUUGGUGAUAAAACAAACUUAGGUGACAUUAUCGUUGCCAAAAGUAUUGUCGACACUGCACAUCAGCGUAUUGAAGGAAAGGACACAAUCGUUUUAACUAACACAUACCCAUGUGGAAAGAAACUUUUUAAUUUGUUCAAACACGACGAAGUCUUUGAAUUUGAAGGUAAAGCUGUUAAAGUUCAUCAUCAAGGUGAUCUGGCCUCUGAAUUCACACUGUUUCGUAGCAAAGAAGCAAAAGAAGAGAAGUUGAAAUAUGUCCAAAAAGCACUUGGAGGAGAAAUGGAAGCAAAGGGUAUUUAUAAGGCUGCUGAGAGAGUAAAAUUUGAAUGGAUCGUAAUAAAAGCUAUCGUCGACUGGGGAACAGAAGAAAAAGACAAGAAGUGGCAACCAUUUGGAGCUGUCUCGUGUGCAAGGUUUGUCCUACAGUGCUUGGAUGACGAGGAUGAAUCAUAAGUAUUAAACUUAUUAAUCUAAACUAGUUUGAUAUUGACAUAAUUAUUAAUUAUUUGUACCUUUUAGAUCUUUCUUUUACUAGAGAUAAACAUUAAUUUUUUGUGA